AACGCUCUAACCACUAGGCUAAGCUGCCGCCCCAGCAAAUUAGCAAUACAUUUUUUAAUUGACCUGCAUAAAAAAAAUACUAAAGGGAAAGGGGGGUACCUAGUCAGCUGUACAACUGAAUGCGUUGAACUGAAAUGUGUCUUCCGCAUUUAACCCAAUCCGUCUGAAUCGGAAAGGUUCGGGGAGCUGCCUUAAAUCGACAUCCACGUCUUCGGCACUCUGGGAACAGUGUACAAGGACAGAUUUUGGAAUGAGAGGACAUGGCAGACCUUGGUGUGAAAGCAGGAGAUAAGGUGCUUUUGGUGUGGAGCCAGCCUUCAUCCCCAACAACCCUGAAGGAGCUGGCAGAGAGUCUAGGGGCCAUGGUUGGCACCGAUGGCCGAGUGUCCCUGGAGAAUAUGGAAAGACUUAUGAUGUCUUCACAUGAAGCAUCAAGCUACGACUGGGUCCUCUCAAGUGUACUCUCUGACAGCUUUUCUGUCCACACCUCAGAGACACUAGCAGAGAUGGCCAGAGUGAUCAAACCUGAUGGAAAACUAGUGCUUGAAGAACCUGUUACAGGAACUGAUGACCAAAAAGUGAGGACUGCUGAGAAGCUUCUAUCAGCCUUGAAGUUGUCUGGCCUGGUGUCAGUGACUGAGGUCAGUAAAGAACCCCUGACCCCAGAGGCUGUGUCUGCCCUGAAGACAUACACAGGCUUCCAGGGUAACACAUUAUCCAGGGUGCGCAUGUCUGCUUCUAAACCCAACUUUGAAGUGGGCUCUUCAAGCCAGCUGAAGCUUUCCUUUGGGGAAAAAAACUCAAAACCAGUAGACAAACCUGUACUUGACCCCAAUGCUGCCAGGGCGUGGACCCUGUCAGCCAAUGACAUGGAUGAUGAUGAUGUGGACCUGGUAGAUUCAGAUGCGCUGUUGGAUGCAGAUGACUUUAAGAAGCCAGACGCAUCCUCCCUCAAAGCGCCCUCCUGUGGUGACGGAACCACCAAGAAAAAGAAGGCUUGCAAGAACUGCUCAUGUGGUCUUGCUGAGGAGUUGGAACAGGAGAGCAAGGGUGCCAAGACAAUCAGCCAGCCCAAGUCCGCCUGUGGAAGUUGUUACCUGGGCGAUGCCUUCCGAUGUGCCAGCUGUCCGUACAUUGGGAUGCCUGCCUUCAAACCUGGGGAGAAGAUUGUACUAGCCAACACAGGGCUAAAUGAUGCCUAGGAACAACCACAAUAUAUACUUUCUGGAAUAUCACAUUCCUUACAUCAUUCUAACCUCCCACCCCCUGGAGUCAAUGACCAAUGCCAGGUUCUCACUGAGAUGGUCAGAAUGGCUCUUCUACAUCUCAUGUAUAAGAACAAAAAGCAGGUAGUUUGAAGUAGCUAAACAAUCCAGGUUAUAGGCUUAUUUGACCAUGUAAAAACUGUUCCUGGACAUAAUGAAGAUUUCACAGGGCACUCACCAUAUUAACAUACAGGUGUCAAUAAAUGUCAGUUCAAUUAACCGUGUGUAUAUUACUUAUCUGUAUUGUUUUCUACAAAAAUAAGUCUUAUUAAAUGGGAAAUCCUGAAAAUAGA